GCGAACGAGUGAGAGAGAGAGCGAGAGAGAGAGAGAGAGAGAGAGAGAGAGAGAGAGAGAGAGAGAGAGAGAGAGAGAGAGAGAGAGAGAGAAUACCUCCUUACUUCCUAAUCAAGACUUAUCCCCUUGCCGUCCUCCCGUCCUUAGCUAAGACCCCUCCUACGUUCUGCGACCCCAUAUUUCGUUGAUCAUGGUGUUGGUUGGCGGUUGAGGUGGGUGAUGAAGGAUGCAUGAGGUAGUUGGUUAUGGUGGAUGGAUGAAGGGGGCAGAGGAGGAAGAUGGUGUGAAGGUGGUUGGCUAUGGUGGAUGCGUGAAGGAGGUGGGAGAGAAAGAGGGUGUGAAGGUGGAUGGCUAUGGUGAAUGGGUGAAGGAGGUGAGAGAGAAAGAGGGUGUGAAGGUGGAUGGCUAUGGUGGAUGGGUGAAGGAGGUGGAGGAGGGAGAAGGUGUGAAGGUGGUUGGCUAUGGCGGAUGUGUGACGGAGGUGGAGGAGGAAGGUGUGAAGGUGGUUAGCUAUGGCGGAUGGGUGAAAGAGGUGGAGGAGGAAGAAGGUGUGAAGGUGGUUGGCUAUGGUGGAUGGGAGAAGGAGGUGGAGGAGGAAGAAGGUGUGAAGGUAGUUGGCUAUGGUGGAUGGGCGAAGGAGGUGGAGGAAGAAGAAGGUGUGAAGGUGGUUGGAUAUGGAGGAUGGGUGAAGGAGGUGGAGGAGUAAGAAGGUGUGAAGGUGGUUGGCUA